ACANCAGACCAAGACUACCCCAUUGUAUAUCCCCAUUACCAGAUGCAUUUCCCUAAAGGUUUGGGUUCUUCAGAUGAUGUGUGUCCAUCUAUACUUGGUUUCAUCUGUACCAAAUCUAGGAAGCCGAUGAUCUGUAACCCUAGCACAGGACAGUACAUAUCUUUACCCGUAGCGACAACCAAGAGGAAUCUGAGUAGACCCUAUUUUGGGUAUGAUCCUAUCGGGAAAGUCUUCAUGGUAUUGAGCGUGUCUGAUGAUUAUGUGUGUCGAGUUUCAACAUUAGGAACGGGAGAAGUGACCUGGAAAAGGGUCGAAUGUUUGAUAACCCAUCAACCGUUACAUACUGAGGUAUGCAUUGAUGGGGUGUUAUAUUAUUUAGCUAAGCGCAUGGGCGAUGGAACUCCACCAGGUUAUAUGGUCGUAUGCUUUGAUGUUAAAUCGGAGAGGUUCAAGUUUCUGGAUGUUGAGUUACCAAUUUUGGGUUCAGCUCUCAUAAACUACAAAGGUAACUUGGGCAUAUUGUUUCCAGAUUCGGGUAUUAUAUAUGAAGGCACAGAAAGUUUGGAGCUGCGGGUUCUAGAGGCCGAUACUGAUGAGGUCAAAUGGUCGAAUACUGUCUACAUAUUGCCAUUUUACUGGAAGUAUGCAGUUUCACAUUCCUUCCUGUACAUUGCUGGGAUGACUAGUGCAGGUGAAAUUGUGUUGUCGACAAGCUUUCUAGUGGAGCCUUUCGAGGUGAUCUACUACAAUAUUGUGCAGAAUACCGUGGAAAGAAUUGAAAUCACUUUCGGAAUUGUAGAUAAGAAGGCUCCCUGCUCAAGGGUUUUGACUUUGAUAAACCAUGUAGAGAAUGUGGAGCUUAUGGAUUAGGAUCGUUUAUAACAUAUAGCUCCCCGACCUUCUAUAUAAGCUUGUCCUCUUAGUAGAUACACCCUUAUUGUUGUAUCCAUCUUGUAUCAAUGUUUGUUGAAACUUGUAAGCUUAUGUUCUAGCUAUUUGAAAUCUUUCUCUU